AAAGAACCGAACCUCACUUCAUUUCACAAUAAAAAAAGGGUUUCUUUCAAUUCUCUCUCUUUUUUUUGGGAUUCGUUUUCAAUCCGAUCGCGAAGAUGAUCGAUAUCAGUCGAGUCCAGAAAGAGCUUCAAGAUUGCGAGAAGGACAGAGACUCCUCGGGAAUCCGGGUCUGCCCGAAAUCCGAUAACCUUACCCGACUCACUGGAACCAUCCCGGGUCCAAUCGGAACUCCUUACGAAGGCGGAACCUUUCAGAUCGAUAUCACCAUUCCAGAAGGGUAUCCCUUUGAGCCUCCAAAGAUGCAAUUUUCAACCAAAGUUUGGCACCCGAACAUAAGUAGCCAAAGCGGGGCAAUAUGCUUGGAUGUCUUGAAAGACCAGUGGAGUCCAGCUCUUACUUUGAAGACAGCUCUUGUUUCCGUCCAGGCUUUGCUCUCUGCACCAGAGCCUAAAGACCCUCAAGAUGCUGUUGUAGCUGAACAGUACAUGAAGAACUAUCAAGUGUUUGUAUCGACAGCUCGUUACUGGACCCAAACAUUCGCCAAGAACUCUUCUCUAGAGGAAAAAGUGAAGAGACUUGUGGAGAUGGGUUUCGGAGAUGCUCAGGUUAGGAGUGCAAUUGAAUCAUGUGGAGGAGAUGAGAAUCUGGCGCUUGAAAAGCUCUGUUCUGGUUAGAAUCUAUCAAAGCAAAGCCUCAUUUGCCGCUAGAUAUGAUAAUGGUUUAUAACUUUAUGUGCUGCGUUUCUGUUCUUGUCUGAUGAUAAGAGUGAACUGCUUUCUAAAAGAAAAAAAUAUUUACUAAAUGCAAUGAUAUAUAUCCAUAAAAGGAGAUAUUAUCUAGUAGAUCAUUGGGCAUGGGGUGUGUCAUUGUCAGGUUUUAUUCAUGAUCAAUGCCUUAAUUUUUAUGGUUGGAUGGUGAUAAGAGUUGGUUGGUUUAAGAUGGGUUUCCGUAAUAGAACCGGCUAUUUCUUCAAUCCAUGUAUGCCAAACAGCCAUACCGAAAAAAAAC